ACUCACGCGGACAACGUUGUCAAGCGCAGACCGUCGACAGGAAUCCGCUCGCCGUUCUCGACGACCACCACGCUUAGAAGCUCGCUGCAGCGGACAGCGAUGGACGAUGACCAACGGCAAGACAAUUGGGCAGCUGAGCGCAAGAACCGGCUGCCCACCUUCACCGAAGUUCUUGCUCGACGAACUAGACCGCCAGUAGACUUGUUCAUGUUCUAUUUAUUCCUACAACGAGAAGGGGCGGAAGAUAUUCUCGACUUUUGGCUGGACGUGCAACAGCAUGAGAAUCUCUGUCGCGCGUACUUCAAAGACGUUCGAAAGUCAGGUCGUACUAUCCGGGACGACUGGCCCGAGUAUUGGGACUAUGCUCGAAGACGUGGUUCAAUAUACGGCACCGUCGUGGGUCUCAAUCCUCAUAGUGGUACGAAACGCAGCACAGCAAGCACGACUGAUGUUCUCUCUGAACAUGAUCGAACCAACCUCGCUGCCGCUGGUUUAGACGAGAAGGCUGUGCGUAGCCCAAGUCCUCGCCUCCCUUCGACGUCCCCAGGUACCGCAGUUGCAACUGAGCCCCCGCGUUCCACCACCCCCUUCUCCCUGUCAGGCCGGACACCCACUCUUUUCAACCACCGACGCGCCUCACGUGCACCUACCAUCAUCCCACGUACAUCUGCGAUUUCUCGACAGGACCUUAUAGCCUCUGCUGAGCGGAUUUACUUUCGAUAUCUCUCGCCAGCUGGAAACACUGUUGGUUCAAAUGAGAACCACGAGAUAUACCUUCCCCCUUCCCUCCGCAUUCAUUCUUUCCCUCUCAAUAGCAGUCAAGAGCCAAAGACCGUCAAUGAUAUGAGCAUCAUGGCACAGAUCCCAGAUAUGUUCCACGCGCAGAAGGAGUACUGCUUCCGUGCCAUGGAACAGGACGCUUUCCCGCGAUUCCUGAGAUCAAAAGCAUUCGGCAACCUGACUCCAGUGUCAGCGCUCGUGCGUCUUAUUCUAGGGCUGAUCAUCCUAUGGAUUGGGUUGGCUGUCGGUUUCUCCUUGAUCUUCCUUGACGUACACCCUAAAUCUAAGCGCUUCUUCCUGUUCAUUCCAUUUUCUAUCGCCAUCCUCUUCCUCAUUUCCCAUCAGUACGAACUUGAUCCCAUCCUCAUCUUUUUCAUGCAAUCCGAAUCUACACCCUUCCGCACUCUUCGAAUACGUGAACCCUACGUCAAGAAACUUCUUAUCGGUCGCGCAGUAUGGGUCAGCCUACUCGUCGCAGCACAUUUCAUUCACGAUGUAUUCACGAACUGUGGUUGGGGGUUGUAGGUUGUAGGAUUUUCUUCUGAAGUCGACGUCUUUUGUUGCCACUGUUUGAUAUACCAUCUUCUCGUCGGGUUGCUAUUUGCAUUCUGUUACUUUCUAUUCUUCUAUUCCACCUAUUGUAUACCCUCAUUAUCCUUAAGGUCGUGUCGUUCCUUUACCCCUUCUUUCCCGCAGUUCCGGAUAUAUUCUGAUUUAUGCGUAAUGGAAUUUAUGUAUCCAGCUGGACAAUGUUUAGUGAAGUCACGUCUUUUGGGGAAGCAUACCUUGUGAAUAAACGAUUGACACACGAGUGCUACUUACAUCCAGCCGUAAACUCGUUUGUCAAUUUAUGUUCAAUGGUUCAAUAUCGAUGGCCGAAAGCAAGGCCGAAAGUCU